UGUCAAGCAAACACAACAAGUCAACGAAUCUACUGGCUUCAACUCUAAUCCCACCGUUUGUUGGCCUUCCCAUCGCCACGCCGCUUUCCGAUCUCCGCCCGCCCUACCCACCAAGGCGAGCAAAGCGACCACCGCCGGCCGAGAUUCAACUGAUCCCCUCCGCGACACAACAACGAAGACGAGGUCGAGGCGAUGCCGAUGGGUCUGGAGGUGCCGCCGGAGGAGUCCAACCGUUGCGUGCGCGGGUGCUGCCGCAGCGCCGCCAUCCCACUCCACCUCCCCGCCGCGUCCUUCUCCCUUCUCUCCCCCAUCGCGCGAGGGUCGGAGAGCACGGUGUACGAGGCGCGGCUGGGGGUCGAGCGCGCCGCGGCCAAGAAGCCCGUUCUGUCCACGUCCGACGACCUCGACAAGUUCCACUACCAGCUCCAGCUCCUAUGUGAGCUCGAUCAUCCAGGGUUGGCAAAGCUAAUUGCAGCACAUGCACGCCCUCCAAACUAUCUGAUGUUCUUUGAAUUCUUUGAGCCUCCAAACCUCGCAGACAAGAUACAUGUCCAGGAAUGGAGCCCUUCUAUCCUGCAAGUGGUCACCAUUGCCAGUUAUCUAGCAAAGACUCUCCAAUACCUACAAAUCCUUGGGAUAGUACACAGAGAUAUUAAACCAGCAAAUAUUUUGCUAGAUAAAGAUCUCCUUCCACAUCUAGCAGAUUUCGGCUUGGCCAUGUACAAGAAGGAUAUUAAAAGUGUUUCAGUUGAAAACUGGAAAUCUUCUGGCAAGCCCACUGGUGGUUUCUAUAAAAAGAAUAUGGUUGGGACGCUAAUUUACAUGGCACCAGAAAUUUUGAGAAAGGAUUUACAUACAGAAAAAUCAGACGUAUAUAGCUUUGCAAUAUCAGUAAAUGAGCUUCUUACUGGUGUGGUGCCUUACACAGAUCUGCGAGCUGAAGCACAGGCACACACCGUUCUUGAAAUGACUUACACUGAACAACAACUUACAUCAGCUGUUGUUUCUCAAGGAUUGCGCCCAGCUCUUGCACUUCCAGAGUCUGGCUCUCCACCAAGUUUCUUGUCACUUAUUCAGCGGUGCUGGGACCCUGACCCUGAACAAAGACCAUCAUUUGAAGAAAUAAUUGAAGAGUUGAAUGUCAUACAGAAGCAUUUAGUUACAUGUUCUUCUCCGUCGUCAUCUCGUCUUGUGAACAAGAGUCAAAAUGGCAACACGGAAGUACACCAUUAUCAAGAAGCAUUAAACUGGUUCAACCAAGGGGAACUGUUAACCAAGAAAGAAAACAAAUUAGAUUCUACAGUGAAUCCUUGGUCUGCUUAUUUUGGCCAGUCCUGUAUCUCUAUUUAUCGCCCAACUUUAAGGUGGGGAUCUUUUGCAACAUGUGGACGAAGAGAAACAAUGGAGGAUACCCAUUUUAUGCUUCCAUGCAUGUCUGAAGAAAAAGAUGUGCAUUCCUUUGGCAUUUUCGAUGGACACCGAGGUGCGGCAGCUGCUGAAUUUUCUGUCCGAGCAGUUCCUGGGUUACUUAGGCAAUUUGCUCACACUACAAGUCCGACUGACGCCCUUGCAGAAGCAUUUGUAAGGAGUGACAUGGCUUUUCGAGAAGAAUUGAUUCUUCACCAGAAGUCAAAAAGGAUAACCCAGAAAGACUGGCAUCCUGGUUGCACGGCUGUGACAGCACUGAUAGUGAGAAACAAGCUUUUUGUAGCAAAUGCUGGUGAUUGCCGAGCAAUUCUGAGCCGUGCUGGCAAACCACAUCCCAUGACUAGGGAUCAUGUUGCUAGUUGCCCUGAAGAAAGGGAGCGUGUUAUAAAGGAAGGGACUGAAGUCAGAUGGCAAAUAGAUACAUGGAGAGUCGGUGCAGCUGCACUUCAGGUUACAAGGUCAAUAGGUGAUGACGAUCUCAAGCCAGCUGUGACAGCAUUGCCGGAGAUUAUUGAAACUGAUUUGUCAGCUGAGGACGAGUUCCUGGUGAUGGCUAGUGACGGGCUCUGGGAUGUGGUAAGCAACGAGGAAGUCCUGUCCAUCAUCAAGGAUACAGUAAAAGAGCCUGGGAUGUGCUCCAAGAGACUGGCUACGGAGGCCGCGGCGCGGGGCAGCAAAGACAACAUCACUGUCAUUGUUGUCUUCCUUCGUCCCGUCUCCACUGCCGAGCGGAUAUACUAGCCACUUAAAAACCCUUUUCUGUAAGCCACCAUCUACGUGUCAUUUCAAAUUCUAUCGUCAGUGCAGGAGACAGAAAGAAGCCACACAUCCAUCCGGAUGCAUACAAUUGGUCACGCUGGGGCAGAGAUAAUAAAUGAUGUUCAGAGUGCAGCCGUCAUCUGUUUAAGAUUUUGUAUCGCUAUUUUAUGUCCCAUUUUUAUGCCACGCAUACAAGUUAAAGGAACAUCCAGUACUUAUUUACUUUCAGAUUUAAUAAAUGGAUUUUCUCUGCUGA